AUGGGGAUUCAACUACAAGGAAUCGCUCACCACGCCAGGCAGAAGCUGCAACGAACGUUAUCGGCCCGGCUAGCGAGUGUCGUGGCGACGUGCAACAAUGUGCCGAAAGGGCACGUUGCGGUUUACGUUGGAGAAGAAGGGUACAGGAAGAGGUUCAUCAUCCCUGUGACGUAUCUGAACCAUCCCCUGUUCCAAAUCUUGCUGAAUCGAGCCGAGGAGGAGUUCGGGUUCGACCACCCAAUGGGUGGUCUGACCAUUCCUUGCAGUGAAGAGUACUUCAUUAGUCUAACUUCGGCGCUGAAUGUGCCAAAGGGGCAUGUUGCAGUUUAUGUUGGGGAGGUGGAGAUGAUGAUGAAGAGAUUCGUGGUGCCGAUUUCGUACUUGAGCCAUCCUACAUUCCAAGCCUUGCUUAGAAAAGCUGAGGAAGAGUUUGGGUUUGAUCCUCCCAUGGGUGGUCUCACCAUCCCUUGUAGAGAGGAUGCCUUCAUUGAUCUCAUGGCUUCUCAUUUGCAUUGA